AUGAGAAUAAAGCUGAUGGUUUAUCAGGUGGCGUACGUGAUUAUAAAAGUCGGUAACUCCCCGAGACCCGGAUCGUGGAUACUGGAGAGGUCGAUAGACGACGGCAGUUACGAGCCGUGGCAGUAUUUCGCAACAAGUGAUAAGGACUGCCAGGAUCGAUACGGAAUUCCAGCUCGGAAGGGGAAGCCCCAUUAUUUCACAGACUCCGAGGUCAUCUGCACGUCCUUUUACUCCAAAUUAAUGCCCAUGGAGAACGGCGAGAUACACACGUUCUUAAUCCACGGAAGACCAGGGGCUAACGAAACCAGUCCGGAACUGCUGGAGUUCACGAAAGCCCGGUACGUGAGGCUCAGGCUUCAAGGAUUACGUGGAUCGGUCGAGCCACUUCCGGUUUGGCUGUCCCAGGAUCAUUUCAGGAACAAAAGACUUUACUAUUCCAUCCGUGACAUCAGCAUAGGUGGUCAGUGCGUCUGCAACGGACACGCUGCAAGCUGCAGACACAACGUCGCAUCCGGG